GAGAGGGGGAAAAAAAUGGCCAUAACAGCGAGUCGAGGCGGGGAAGGUGUGAGCCGCGCUGUCAAAGUCGUUGUUUUCGCCUUGCAGGUCGCUCGUCUUUGAAGCUCCUGAUUCCUAAAAUAAAACCUGAUAGAUAAAACCAGGUGAUACUUCCGUAGAUAUGGGAAAGAGUGCGCAGGCGGCGCUCUGCUUGUGUCUACCCCUGCUUGCGGGACUCCUGAAGGCGGAUUCCGGCAGCGCGGGUCUGGCGCGAUCUGGUGAUGACGCCUUCACUAUCCGUCAUGCCAGCUCAGGGAAGUGCAUCUUGGCAGACGAGCAGCAGCAGCUGCAGGUGGCUGAGUGCAGCGGCUCCCAGGCGGAGAUCUGGAAGUGGGGGACUGAGCGUCGCCUCUUCCACGUGUCCAGCACCAAGUGUCUGGGCCUGGAGGUGCGCAACAAGGUGCUGCGGCUGCUCGACUGCGGCGACCCCGGCAACAUGCUCUGGUGGCAUUGCAUGGAUGGGGCUGUGCACACAGAGUACCGGAUGGGCCUGGCUGUGGUGAAUGGCACCAUCACCGCCAAGCGGGACUCAGCUGACCGGUGGACCAGGGGCAAGUCCUGGAACAGCAUCUGCCAGCAGCCCUACCUGGUCAUGCACACCACCCUGGGGAAUUCCUAUGGAGCACCCUGCAGUUUCCCCUUUCUCUACAAUGGCAGCUGGGUCCAUGGAUGCCUCCCAAACGACCCGGAUGAUGGGCGCUCCUGGUGCUCCACCACCGCCAGCUUCGACGUGGACAGGAAGUGGGGACACUGCCUCAAACCCGAGAGCGGCUGCAAGGUAUUAUGGGAGAAUUUGAGCUGGGGGUCUUGCUACCAGCACAACCUGCAGUCAGCUCUCCCCUGGCAUGAAGCCCGUGCUUCCUGCCGUAGUCAAGGCGCCGACCUGCUGAGCAUCACAACCCCGCAGGAGCUGGAAUUGUUUUCAGCAAGGGCAGGUUCUCCUGCUCAGGUUUGGAUCGGGUUGGAGCAGCUGGACAUGAAUCAGGGCUGGCAGUGGUCCGACGGAUCACCCCUCGCCUUAGUCCACUGGGAAGAAGGAAUGCCGAGCACCUCCGUCUUGAGCACACUGGACUGUGGGGUGAUGAACUCCAAAGGAUUCUGGGAGAGUGCAGACUGUGACGAGAAGCUGCCAUACAUUUGCAAAAAAUCCCUGAACCAGACAAAUCCUGAAUCAUCAGCACGCUGGGUGGACCGGCCCACGAGUUGUGAGGCAGGUUGGCUGCCCUGGAACGGCUUCUGCUACAAGCUGGAGAGGGAGCCCCCACGCCCCAUGUUUGAGGCCCAGCAGCGCUGCGGGCAGAUGGGCGCCAACCUGCUCAGCGUGAACAGCCUCGCCCACGUGGAGGCGCUCAGCUCUGCCUUCCAUGCCAAUGACAGUUUUGACGUCUGGACCGGCUUGAGGAGUGAGGGCCAGCAAGUUCUUUUCCAUUGGGCUGAUGAGUCACCGGUCACCUUCACCUACUGGGCCAGGAACCAGCCAGCUACACAAGGGAAUUCCACUUGUGUCUCCUAUUCAGGAAAGGGUCUCCUGUGGAGAACCGUCCCGUGUGAGAGAAAGCAGGCGUUCAUGUGCAUGAAGAAGGGAGAGGUGAACGACAGCGUGCUGAUGACUGGCUGCCCGGAGGGUGGGGACUGGAGACGGCACGGUAAAGCCUGCUACAAGGUGGACUCCAGUGAGAUUUACUUCAAAGACCGGUGUAACCUUACCAUAAUGAACAGGUUUGAGCAGGCCUUCAUAAACAGCCUGAUCCGGGACUACCAGACGGCCAACGAGUCGUACUUCUGGAUCGGGCUGCAGGACGUGAAGAACACUGGGGAGUACCAGUGGAUGGUGGGCGAGAGCCCGGGCGACCGCGUCACCUACACCAACUGGCAGGCGUUUCAGCCAGAUUUGGUGGGGGGCUGCGCUGUGCUGUCCACCGGCAAAUCACGGGGCAAGUGGGAGGCGAAGAACUGCACCUCGUUCAAGGCCGGCUCCAUCUGCAAGGUGGAAAUCGGGCCCCACAUGUCGCCAGAACCAGAACCGGACCUCAGCCUCCAGUGCAGUCCUGGGUGGGUCUCCAGUCCCAACAUCCACUACUGCUACAAGGUCUUCCACAAGGAGAGGGUGAGCCGCAAACGCACCUGGGAGGAGGCGGAGCAGUUCUGCCAAGCCCUGGGGGCUCACCUGGCAAGCUUCAGCCACGUUGACGAGAUGAAGGCCUUGCACGGCCUCCUCCGGGACUCUGUCAGUAAUGAUCGGUACUUCUGGAUUGGGCUGAACCGGAGAAACCCCAGCGCUGAGAAUACCUGGGAGUGGUCUGAUGGAAGACCAGUUUCCACCUCCAUGUUCCAGGGCGAGUUUCUCGAGGAUGAUGCGUACAGUCGAGAGUGCACAGCCUUCAGGAUGCAGGUGAGAACCUUAACAACGUUCUUGUUCAUCCUGAACCUGCCGCUGAGGACCUUCUAUGCCAGCCCGUUCAACUGCGCCGCCCAGCUGGAGUGGGUGUGUCAGAUCCCGCGGGGCAAAGUCCCAGAAACCCCAGAAUGGUAUAAUCCAGAUGGACACCAUGAAACCUCCAUCUUCAUCGACGGGAGCGAGUUCUGGUUUGUGAGCAGGCCCGCCCUCACCCACGAGGAGGCCAGCCUUUACUGCUCCUUCAACCACAGCAAGCUGGCACAACCUCCAACUAUUAAUGCCUUGAAGCAGAUCAAUAUCCAAUUAAGCAAGAUGUCCGACAGCAAGCAGAGUUGGUGGGUGGACAUGGAACACCCUGGGCCUCACCAUCCCAUAAUAUCGAGCCGCCUGCAGUACUAUCAGUCGGUCUUCUUGGGCCAGUGCUCAUCACUGAGCAUGGCGUCCAUAAUCCCAGAAUACAGCUACAAAUGCAAGCAGGCUCUUCCGUUCAUAUGCGAGAAGCUGAACAUCACGUCGGUGGAGAAGGACCACAAGCCCCCUCCGGCCAGCCUUCCCUGUGAUGGAAACUCUUUGGCUUUCAGAGACAAGUGCUACAUGCCGUUCAGGCCUCUCUACAUGUCCUUCGGAAAUGCCAACGAUCACUGCCAUACUAUGAUGGGAACGCUGCUCACCAUCUCCAGCCAGGUGGAGCAGGACUUCAUCAUCUCGGCCUUGCCGAACCUUCCCCCGAAGUCCUGGAUAGGCCUGAGACUGAGACUGCAGGACACGCACUGGGUGGACGGCUCCUCUCUCAACUUCCUCAACUUCAACCCCCUGCUGCUGGGGCAGGUGCGGCCCAUAGUGGUCAACUUUUUUGAGCCCGAUAGCAUAGGGAUGUGCGCCUACAUGUUCAACCAGCCCUUGGCCAUGAUGGGCACCUGGGACUAUGCGUCCUGCAAGGAGCUGCAUUACGUCUCCGUGUGCCAGCGGUAUAUAGAACCAGUGAACCAUUCCGUGCCCGAGGGGAACUUCACUGUGGGCAACCACACCUACAGCGUGCUGCUGGGCAACAUGACGUGGGCGGGGGCCCUGAGGAGCUGCAGGUUGCAGGGCAUGGACCUGGCCAGUGUGUCGGACACCUUCCAGCAGGCCGGCCUCUCCGUCACCGUCAACAAGGCCAACACCUCCAUGUGGAUCGGCCUCAUCAGCAGAGACGGUGGGACCCACUACCACUGGACAGAUAACAGCCACACCGUGUUCAGCCGGUGGACCUCGGAGCCCACGGCGGGGGACUGCGUCUACCUGGACACCGACGGCUUCUGGAAGGCCACAGACUGCAUGGAGGAGCUUGGUGGGGCCAUCUGCCAUGUCCCUAUCGAAGAGAUGAGCAACACGACAGACCAGCCCAGAGCGAGGUGCUCGCACAAGGGCAGUGGUCCUAACUGGAUCCCCUUCGGGAACAGCUGUUACAACUUCCAGCUGGCCUCCACCCGGUGGGGCGACUCGGGCGGGAACGUCACCAACACGUGUAGCAAGCUGGACCCCAAAGCUGAUAUACUGACCAUCAGGAAUGAGGCAGAAAACCGCUUUGUGAAGGACCAGUUGUGGCAUUUCAAGGACCUGGUGCAGUUUGUCUGGCUUGGAAUGAUCAGAUCUGGCAGUAAGAACAGCUUUCAGUGGUUAGAUGGCACCAACGUCCAGUACUCCAACUGGCGGAGCGGCAGACCCAACGUCACGCAGCCAUUCAUGGUGGGCCUGAGUCUGGAGGGCUAUUGGGAAUUCUUCAGCAACCCCCUGCAGUUCCCCACCUUCAAGCAGAGAAGCAUCGUGGCCUGCAAAAUCGAGAACGACCCAAAAGACGAGUUCAAAAAAUCGGCAAACGACACCGGGGUGUAUGGCAACUGGAGUUACUACGCUGUCCAGGGUAGGAUGACGUGGUUCGAGGCGGCACAGGCCUGCGGGAGCGGGGGGGGCCACCUCGCCAGUGUCCACAGCCGCGCCCAGGAUGCCCACCUGGGGCCCAUCUCCAGGCGAGAUGGAUUCUCCCUUUGGGUCGGCUUGUCCAAUCUGAACGAGAGUGGUCAGUCCUUCGAGUGGUCAGAUGGAACCGAAUACAACUAUAGACCACAGGAGCUUGUGGGCCAGGAGCUGAAGGACCACUGCCUAUCUCUGAGCCCCAAGGGAUCUUGGGAGUUUGUGGACUGCCUGGCCAAGCUGGAGGGAGCCAUCUGCUACAAUGCCAGUGCUCAACGGUUGAGCCAGCGGUCCACCGAGGCAAGGAUUGGCUGCCCCGAGUCUGUAGGCUCCUCUGAGUGGGUGCAGUACGAGGAAUUCUGCUACAUGUUCGACAUGGCCUUCUUCAACUACAGCAUCUUCUCCAUGCAGGAUGCCAAAGCGGCCUGCGACCAGCUAGGCAACUCUGCUGAACUGCUGGCCAUCCACAACAGCAAGGAGAAUGAGUUCGUGUCGAGGUACGUGUCAGAGAACCCAUUCAUCACCAGCCGCGUCUGGAUCAGCACCAGUCUCAGCUCCCCAGGUCAGUCAGCGGGUGCCAGUGAGGUUUACUCCAACUGGGAGAGCGGCGUGGUGGUCAGCCUGCCGACCAAGCCUGUCUGCGGCGUCCUGUCCGCCAGGGGAGGCUCAUGGAGCCAGGUCAGCUGCGAGAGAGGCCUGGGCCGCGCCGUCUGCAAAGCACCUGCCCGCUCCAGAGGUUCCCCCGUCGCACUGGUCUUCUUCAUCAUCAUCACCAUCAUACUGGUUGCCGUGGCCGCAUUCAUCAUCUACAGGAAGAGCCGGGCCCGGUUCUCCUCGACGGUGCGGUACAAGAGGAACUUCGACGAGGCCGACAGCACGAGCAUCAUAACGCAGACCGAGUGAGUCGCCUUGGGUGCGUGAGCCUUAGAAGAAAACGAACGAGCGAAUGAACAAAGAAACAAAACUAAGGCCUUUUCGUCGGCGGGACGUCAGCUGGUGGCCGAGCAGCCUGCAUGGGUGUGUCUGUGGCCAGAAUCCCUCAGUACUCCUCUGGGGUGAACAUUCACAGGGGGAUCUGCUAUCUGCUUUUAGCCCCCCCCCCCCCGCCCCCGCCCAUCAAUGUCCCUUCACGCCAGGUCAGUUGAGCGACUGCACUGCUGAGACACAACCUCUCCCUCAUAAGUCUGCAGCUGGUCAGGUGGGUUUUUUUUUGGCUUUUGAACAGAAGUACUGAGGAUGUUCUUUUAAAUGUCUUUUUUUUUUUGUGGAGGAUUUUUAAUGAUUAUAUAAGUGUAGAUAAUUUUAAUUUCUUAACCCUUCUAUACGAGUGUGUGGCGCUCAGGAAUGAGCAGAAACUUUGUCUCGCUGCGAUUCGCAGAAAUCGAAAUACUGUCUGUCCCGAUUAGGCAGGUGUUUAAAUGGUGAAGUGGAAUUAUCUGCAUUUUGCUAAAUUGUGUACAAUUACAGAAUCUAAAGCCAUAUAACAGCCAAGCAUAGGGCUGAGCCUGCACUCGGCGCACUGCACCACCCUUGUAAUCAUUAAUUGAAGUAUUUCAUGUGUAAAAGUUCAUUCAUAGGCUGUUUAUAUAACUGAUAUAUGCACUUAAACUACUGCAGGUUCUGAGCACUUUAAGAUUUCACUUUGUGUCCUUAUUGGUUCCGUCUGAACUUUUAAGCACAAAUAUUUGGAGAAAAAUGCCUGAAAUUGCACUCGUUGUACAGUCAUGGCUACUUUUGUAAAUAGUUGAACUUAUUUUAAAAUAUCAGUAAAAUCUAAACCAAAGAUGCUUUUCAAUCUUAGCAGUGACAUUCCUCGUGUGUUGAUCAGCUUGCAGUCACACUCCUAUUAAUACGGCUGCAUAAACAUAAAAUGGUUUUUCUUUGCCUCCAUUUGGUCUUCCAAUAAACUCCCUUUAAAGGAC